GGGUCUGCCCUAGCUACUGCCGAGGAGGGUGACUCGGCAUCUUUUCCUCUCUGUCUCAUCACCAAGCCAAUGAGUCUCCUCUAGGUAAUCCCAGACUCUUCUUGCCCUUCUCUUCAUUCGACGGCCCUUAUCGCAGCUUGGAGGGUGGAGCCUUAUGUAAGGCAUAAGGAUAGACAGCCCCGACGGACAAGACCUCCCGGAGAUACGCAUUUGAGUCACAUGGAGGGGCGGGCUCACCGCGUUUCGACUCAGCCAAUCCCUGCCAUUUCCUCUUCCCCGAAGCCCGCGAUACAAGACCACGUGAUCAGGGCCAACUAACCCACGUGGGGAAAUCGCGCGUUGUGUUCUUUGUGUUCGGGCGGUGUCCACAGAACCAGGAUUCUGCUGCGUUGGGCUGUAGGGGGCCUGGGCCGCGAGGCGUUGUUCUGGGCGAGAAGGAUGCCAAAGCGGGGGAAGAAGGAAGUAUCUGUGAAGGAUGGGAUCAGUGAGGAGCCAGAGACUAAAGAGCCUGAGCCUAAGAAGACUAAGAAGGGUGUAAAAGAAAAGGAGGCAGCAGGGGAAGGAUCUGCCACGUAUGAGGACCCCCCAGACCAGCAAACCUCACCUAGUGGCAAGCGUUUUACACUCAAGAUAUGCUCCUGGAAUGUGGAUGGGCUCAGGGCCUGGAUCAAGAAAAAGGGUCUGGAUUGGGUAAAGGAAGAAGCCCCUGACAUACUUUGCCUUCAAGAAACCAAAUGUUCAGAGAGCAAGUUGCCACCUGAGCUUCAGGACCUGCCUGGACUUACCUACCAGUACUGGUCCUCACCCAGUGAUAAAGAAGGAUACAGUGGUGUUGGUCUCCUUUCCCGACAGUGCCCACUCAACGUCACCUUUGGCAUUGGUGAAGAAGAGCAUGAUCAGGAGGGCCGGGUCAUAGUGGCUGAGUUUGAGGCGUUUGUGCUGGUGACAGCAUAUGUGCCUAAUGCAGGACGGGGGCUGGUUCGACUGGAAUAUCGACAAAAAUGGGAUGAAGCAUUUCGCAAAUUUUUGAAGGGACUAAAUGCCAAAAAGCCUCUUGUGCUCUGUGGGGACCUCAAUGUGGCCCAUGAAGAGAUUGACCUGCGCAAUCCCAAGGGGAACAAGAAAAAUGCUGGGUUUACUCCACAGGAACGCCAAGGGUUUGGGGAGCUGCUCCAGGCAGUGCCACUGACCGACAGUUUCCGCCACCUCUAUCCAGAGGCAGCUUAUGCUUAUACUUUUUGGACCUACAUGAUGAAUGCCCGAGCCAAGAAUGUUGGCUGGCGGCUUGACUAUUUCUUGUUGUCCCAGUCCUUGCUCCCUGCCCUAUGUGAUAGUAAGAUUCGGUCCAAAGCCGUAGGUAGUGACCAUUGUCCUAUCACUCUAUUGCUGGCACUGUAAUUCUUCUACAGUUUAAACUGGUUCUUCGGCAACCAGAAAUCCAGAACUAUUUCUUCAAUUUUAAGAAUGCUAUUGUUGACUACUUUUGAAAUAUCUAUUUGAGAAUAAAGAACCAUAGAGGUCAA